AGGAAAGUUUUCAAAACCUUUAAGAAGUGUGUGAGAUUAUUAAGAUUAUGUUAUUUUAACAACUAAACUUGAAACUUCUUUAUAUGUAGCUGCUGUGGGAGUUUUAAAGCUUUUGUUGUGGAGAGGAAAUGUUAGAGUUUGGGAUGUACCAGGCUGAAUUUAUUGUCCACAUCCUGUAGGUUUGUCAGCUGUUCACUGAUGUAGGAAAAAGCUCUUCUUUUAAACAGGAAAGAUGAAUAUUUGUGGGUGAGGUAAGUUUUAGAAUCAUGUAAAAUCCUGUGAGUUCAGCAGGUGAGUGACAAGACGCAAACUUUUUACUUUAUUUAAUGAAAUUCUUAGAUGUGUAAGAAAGAAAAUAAGACGACUAUAACAUCUCUUAUAUAUCCCUCCCCUCUUCUCUCCCUCUGUUCCCGGACAGAGUGGGGGAGACAGCAGCCGGCUGCUCAGGCCUGCUCGCUCUCUGCUUUCUAUUUUCUCCUCUGUGUUUCUGCAGCUGCCGCCUGUCUGUCACUCAGUCGGUCAGUCAGUUUUCUGGCAGAAGGUCGGUGGGUAUUAAAGACUCCUCACUAGUCACCAGCAGUCAGCCAUGAAGCUUCAGCCUGCAGCACUGGGCGCUGUGUUCCUGCUCGCACUGCUCUCAUCCGAGUGCUGGGGCAGGAACGAGGAGGAGCGUCUCAUCAACUACCUGUUCAAAGAACGAGGGUACAACAAAGAGCUGCGUCCCGUCGAGAGUCAGCGGGACGCCGUCGACGUGUACCUCGCCCUCACGCUCUCCAACCUCAUCUCUCUGAAAGAAGUCGAUGAGACGCUGCUGACAAACGUAUGGAUAGAUCAUACGUGGACUGACUACCGGCUGUCGUGGAAUUCGACGGAGUUUGACGGCAUUGAGAUGCUUCGCCUGCCGUCCAGUAUGGUGUGGCUGCCAGAGAUUGUGCUGGAAAACAAUAACGAUGCCCAGUUCCAGGUGGCCUACUACAGUAACGUCCUGGUGGAUCCUACCGGUCUCUGCUACUGGUUGCCUCCCGCCAUCUUCCGCUCUUCCUGCUCCAUCAACGUCAACUACUUCCCCUUCGACUGGCAGAACUGCACGCUCAAAUUCACCUCUCUGACCUACAACGCCAGAGAGAUCAGGAUGCUGCUGAAGGAAGAGGCGGACGAAACCAGCAAAUGGACGGUGGAGUGGAUCAUCAUUGACCCUGCGAGCUUUACAGAGAACGGCGAGUGGGAGAUCAUCCACCGUCCGGCCAAGAGGAACACCUACAAACACAUUCCCAUGGAGAGCAACAAGCACCAGGACAUCACCUUCUACCUGGUCAUCAAACGCAAACCUCUCUUCUACAUCGUCAACAUCAUCAUCCCCUGUGUGCUCAUUUCCUUCCUGGCCUCGCUCGUCUACUACCUCCCCGCUGACAGUGGUGAGAAGAUGACCUUGUCCAUCUCUGUGCUCUUGGCUCAGUCUGUCUUCCUGCUGCUGAUCUCUCAAAGGCUGCCCGAGACGUCCAUGUCCGUACCGCUUAUCGUCAAGUAUUUAAUGUUCAUCAUGGUGCUGGUGACAGUGGUGGUGCUGAACUGUGUGGUCGUCCUCAACCUGCACUUCAGGACACCGAGCACUCACGUCAUGUCCGAGUGGACCAAGAAGUUCUUCCUCGAGCGGCUGCCCCGGAUCCUGCGUAUGUCCCGCCCCGCAGAGGCGGAGCCGUACUGGGACGGAGCGCUGCCGCGGCGAUCCAGCUCGGUGGGGUACAUCGCCACGGCGGAGGAGUACUACAGCGUCAAGUCCCGCAGCGAGCUGAUGUUUGAGAAACAGUCAGAGAGGCACGGACUGAUGACGCGAACCACACACGCCGCAGUGGUGAAGCCACAGGAAGAUGGAGGAGUGACGGAUCAGCUGUACGCUGAGAUCAAGCCGGCGGUGGACGGAGCGAACUACAUCAUCAAACACAUGCGCCAUAAGAACGACUACAACGAGGAGAAAGAUAACUGGAGUGGCAUCGCUCGCACGGUGGACCGUCUCUGUCUCUUCCUGGUUACCCCGGUGAUGACCUUCGGCACCAUCAUCAUCUUCCUGAUGGGAAUCUGUAACCACCCUCCACAUCUGCCCUUCAAAGGAGACCCACACGACUACAGAGAGGAAAACCCACGCCUGCUGUAACAGGGACACACACACACACACACACACACACAUUAAACUGUUGCGUCUUCCUUUUUUUUUGUUUGACAACUUUUCCAGGUUUGUAGCUGUGUGUGUUUUUUCUUAACUUAAAUUUGAAGUGGAACCAAUUUAUCACUAUUUUUUUUGUUUGGUUUGAAUAAACAUUUACACUCA